GAACCUAUGCCCUCUUCAUUGGAAAGCAGAGUCUUAACUACUGGACCACGAGAGAAGUUCCAGUUAUCUACUUUAUACAGAGUAGUAUGUAUGUGUCAAUCCCAAUCUUCCAGUUUACUCCUCCCCCUCCCUUAUGCCCUAGAAAUGGUGAAUUUGUUUUCUACAUCUGUAACUCUAUUUCUGUUUUGUAGAUAAGUUCAUUUGUACCUUUUUCUUAGAUUCCAUAUGUAAGUGAUCUGAUAUUUGUAUUUGACUUACUUCACUCAGUAUGAAAACCUCAAAGUCCAUCCACGUUCCUGCAAAUGGCAUUAUUUUUCUCUUUUAUGGCUAAGUAAUAUUCCAUUGUAUUUAUGUACCACAUCUUCUUUAUCCUUUCCUCUGUUGAUGGGUAUUUAGGUUGCUUCCAUGUCCUGGCUGUAGUAAAUACUGCUGCAAUGAACAUUUGGGUGCAUGUAUCUUUUUCAAAUUAUGGUUUUCUCCAGAUAUAUGCCCCAAAUUUGUGUGCUUUAUUCACUGAACUAUUCUUUAUUUGAAGUACUAUUGGGAGGCAGAUGAAAAUCAUACCUAAUCAGUAUAGCUCCAUUUAAAAAAAAUUGGUUUUGGCCGUGCCCAAAUGCAUGUUGGAUUGUAGCUCCCCAACCAGGGAAUGAACCUGAACUGCCUGCAUUGGGAGCAGGAAGUCUCAACCCCUGGACUGCCAGGGAAGUCCCCAUUAUUUUAUUCAAAGAGAAUUCCUGGGUCAUCAGUCUCUAGAUGAAGGCAAAAUGUCCCGACUUUUGGUAUUAUUACACUUGUGUCAUGUUAUCUGUCUCCUCUGGUAAAAUUGUAAAUUAUACAAAUGCAGAACACAUACUGCAUACUGUUACUUGUAACUAUAUGCAAAAUAUAAGUCAAACUCCCAAACCAAAUCUGAGUAUUUUAACCUUUUGCAGUUUUCUAGACCCUUGUCCCUCCAUUAGUUAACCUGUGAGUGUGUACACAUAACUGUUGUUCUUUAUCAAUAGCAUAAUGCAUGGAUUAUGGAUUUGGACAACCCACAAUUGCACGACUUUCCAAAGUCAAAGCGCUGUCUGGUUAUUUACUCCCGGCCUAGAGCUUCGGAGUCUUGUGGCAAGUGAAACCAAACCAAGCCUCUGCCCACAUUCCCGGAACUUCCCCUCACCCCACCCCCUUCCCUACUGUAAGUCUUCUGGCUCUUACUCUCCUUCUCAUGCCGCGGAACCAAAUCCCUACCAGACAAAUAAAUGCUCUGGCUGCACUCUGACAGCCAAUUCCCACCAGUUACGGAGGAGCCUGCCUCCAGACGAACCAUGGAUUUCAGAACCCCUGACCUGCUGGACAUGUGCCUGGAACCUCCAGAAGAUGUCUUCUCAACAGGAUCUUUCCUGGAGCUGGGACUCCAUGGUCCACCUUCAGAAGUUCCAGUGACUAGGCUACAGGAACAGGGGCUGCAAGGCUGGGAGUGCAGUGGGGGCCAUGGCUGUGGUCUUCAAGAGAGUGAGCCUGAAGAUUUCCUGAAACUUUUCAUUGACCCCAAUCAAGUCUACUGCUCAGAAGCAUCUCCCGGCAGUGACAGCGGAAUCUCCGAGGAUCCUGGCCAUCCAGACAGUCCCCCUGCCCCCAAGCCACCCAGUUCCCCUGCCCUCUAUGAGGUUGUCUAUGAGACAGGGACCCUGGAGAGGAUGCAGGGGGAAGCCGGGCCAGCUGUAGGGCUCAUCUCCAUCCAACUAGAUCAGUGGAGCCCCCCAUUUAUGGUGCCUGAGGCCUGUGUGGUCAGUGAGCUGCCUCCUGAUGCUCACAUCCUGCCCACAGCAGCUACUGUAAACGCCGUGCCUCCUGCAGCCCUGCAGCUGCCCUGUCAAACCUUGUUCCUGACAGAAGAGGAGAAGCGGCUGCUGGGACAGGAAGGCGUUUCCCUACCCUCUCACCUGCCCCUCACCAAGGCAGAGGAGAGGGUUCUCAAGAAGGUCAGAAGGAAAAUCCGUAACAAGCAGUCAGCUCAGGACAGCCGGCGGCGGAAAAAAGAGUACAUUGAUGGCCUAGAGAGCAGGGUGGCUGCCUGUGCUGCACAGAACCAGGAACUACAGAAAAAAGUCCAGGAGCUAGAGAGGCACAACAUCUCCCUGGUGACUCAGCUCCGCCAGCUGCAGAUGCUUAUUGUCCAAACCUCCAACAAAGCUGCCCAGACUAGCACUUGUGUUCUGAUCCUUCUUUUCUCCUUGGCUCUCAUCAUCUUGCCCAGCUUCAGCCCCUUUCAGGGCCUGCCAGAAGCCAGGCCUGAGGAUUACCAGCCUCAUGGAGUGAUUUCCAGAAACAUCCUUACUCACAGGGACAUGACAGAGAAUCCUGAAAACGCAGUGGUAGAGUCCAGACUGGAGGGGCCACCCGGGGCCAAGGGUGCAAACAGCUCAACAAGGACACUGCCUGAGAAGGUGGGAGGGAGGGCAGGCCCCAGCAGGCACAUCAGAACUGUGUCGCAUGCAGAUGAAAUGUGAGCUGUCGCACUUCCUGGCUCACUUCCCAAUCACAAUAAGGAAUCCAGGGCUCUGCUACUGCUCUGCUUCCUCCUGGGGUUCCCACUCAGGGCUCUUUGGCCUCAGGGGUCUGAAUCCCAUAAGGAUGCCCUUGAUGUCUGUACCCCAUGGCUUAGUUGGCCUAUGUCACGGGGAAGCUCAAAUACUUUCAUCAUGUAUCUGUGAUUUUAUUUCUUUGAGGACAGGGUUAAAGGGAAACUGAUGUUUUGGCUAAGAAAUAAAGUUUUUUUGGUAAAACUAUAUGCUGACAGUUUUAAGUAAGUAGUGGAAGAGGA